CAGAGAGGAGACAGGACACCGAGGCGUCAGUCCUCCUGAAGACGGCUCUCGUUAGAUUAGCUUCACAGAAUCCUCCAGGAACUAAAGGAGCAGACAAGGCCCUUUCUGCAAGACUAUCCCAUGUGUUCUAUCCUUCAUUCCACCGGAGUCUGUAUCUGCAUCCAACCAGAUUUCAGUGGUGUGAAGUGUAAGAGACAUGGGGGACACUGCUGCACAAACAACACUCAGAAGGCAUCGAAGGCGAGGCACUAAUGACAUUUGUUCCACUUUGCAUGUUCGAAACUGCACGUGUAUUCUCAUCAAUACUGCAGCCUCUCUGUAAUCUGAAUAAAUAUCCCUGACCUCGUGCCCAGUUUUCUUUUUUCUUCACCAUCCAUUUCUCCGCCCACACCCUCAGCCCCAGAGCUUGGUAUUUUUUACAUUUUCAUUAGCUAACAGUGAGAAUUUGAGCCUCCGCCCACACAAACAUCCUUUACUGUUUGGCAAAUGAAGCUUAUUAACAAUUUAAAACAUGCCCUCGCUGUAGCCCACACAGCGAUGGCAUCAAUCAGGUUUCUCUCUGCAUCUCAAGAGGUACAUAUUGCAAUGCACGUCAGAGGGGAACAGCACAACACAGAGGUGCAUUUAUACCCUUUUACACUUUCUAGCUCCUGAAAAGCUAGCUGCAGUUUAUCCAGAAGACCUAAAGUCCAACAAUAAAAUAAAAACACGUGUGCACAACGAAAAUCUGAGGAGACUUUUUAAAACCUAUGUAGUCUAAAUAAGCAGUUUGUGGACAUUUUAUAGACUAGAAAUACUUCAAACCUUUAACAGAGAGUCAAACCUCCUCAUUUUUCUAACGCUUCUCAUAAUAAAACACACUUUGUUUCCUGAUACAGUGGGAAAAGGGUGCUUGACUUGAGUAAAAGUACUAAUACUGCAUUGUAAAAAUAUUCCAUUUUGAAUAAAAGUACUGCAUUAAGAAUUGUACUUAAGUAAAAGCCUGAGGAGUAAAAUGACUUGUUGCCAAAAGUGAAGCAAACAAACGUUACUGGGACAUGUCUCCAUGCUUUAAUGCAGCUCUGCAGCUCCUCUUUUCACCCUCUGUCUGAAACCAGAGCCCAGAGUGCUCUGUUGUGAUUGGUCAACCUGUUAGAGACGUCCCGCCCCUUAGCCUAUCAUGUACAAUGUGUCUGAGCGCUAGCCAAUGGUGUUACACAAUGUUGUCACUAUGUUCCGGAAGUAAACAAAGGAGACACAUGGAGGGGGAAAGCCAAAAAGCGUGAGAGGGCCCCUUUAAUGUGUCCUGCCUGGUGAUUGGUUGGUUUAAACAAACACACAGAAGGCUUCUCACCGUCGACAAUGCCAAACAUUCCAUGUGUUUUUUGAGCGUAAACUCCACCAGCGUCAUAUCCUUCGUUGUUGACGUUCAGCAGCACUGAUUUUAAACAUCAUCUGAAAUGAAAGUCUGGGAACUCUGUCUCUUCUUCGUCUUUCUCCAGCUGGGUUCGUCUCGUGGCGAGGACACAGUGGCGGAGGACAUCGGUGUCCAUCAGCUGCAGCGCUUAGUGGAGAUGUUGACGUCUACAGAGUGCGAUGAUCUCCUGUUCACCCUGUCUCACCCCGAGGAGAACAUCUUCCAGCACCUCGAACGCCUCGCACCAGAGAAUAAUCAACUAGAUCUGAAACCUCGAGCCAAGAGAGACGCCUCCUCAUCUCAGGAUCGGGAGGCAGAGUGCCGGGCGGCGCUGACAGACUGGCUGCUGAGGUACGGCGAGCAGACGUACUACGACAGGCUCUCUCGUGCCUUGCAGCACAUCGGCAGAACAGACAUCGCCAUCGAAGUUGGGAAGAACAUCAACCAGGACAAGGCCUUGAGCCUGAAGCGCUUCGUUGAAGACUAUCACAAAUAUGUCCAGUCUUUAAACCCCCCACAGGAACAAUCGGACGCAACGGGACCGAAGAAGAACGGCCAGAGGGUCAGGAAAAGGAAAGUGAGGGAUCUGACAUGGGGUGACCUGGAUCUGAUUGUGCAACGGGCCCCGGUCUCUGCGUACCAGAAGGGGCCUCUGGAUGUGGCUCUGCCCCUCUUGUAUGGCAUCCUGCUGGGCUUCGGAGGCACCUUCGUCGUGGGUGUCACCGUGCUGCUCAUCAUCUUACACAUCUCACGAAGAAGCCAGAAGAGGCAUCACAGCAAGAGCAGUGUUGGAGAUUCAAAGCUGAAAGAUGCUGGGAGGUCAGACGCUGCAAAAUGAGACGCUUCAAAGACUCCAAAUGACUCCCAGCAUUUGUUCUGUUAAGGUUGGAGACAGUAUAUAAACAAACAGACUCUCUAUUUGUUCUUCUGA